UCAGUUUCGGUUACCUGGUCGACACACUACUAAUCCUUCUCCAUAGUUACAUUGCGUCUCUUGGCUUCUCCCUCGUUCAUCCCUUUUCCAGCUGCAGAACAAUGUCACGAAGAUAUGAUAGCCGCACUACUAUCUUCUCUCCAGAAGGUCGUUUAUACCAGGUUGAAUAUGCGAUGGAGGCAAUUGGAAAUGCUGGCAGUGCCAUAGGAGUAUUAUCAAAAGACGGUGUUGUUUUAGUCGGUGAAAAGAAGGUGACUUCCAAGCUUCUCCAGACAUCAACUUCCACUGAAAAGAUGUACAAGAUCGAUGACCACGUGGCAUGUGCUGUGGCGGGAAUAAUGUCUGAUGCCAAUAUUCUUAUUAACACGGCCCGGGUUCAGGCUCAACGAUAUACGUAUGCUUAUCAGGAACCAAUGCCCGUGGAACAGCUAGUUCAAUCUCUUUGCGACACCAAGCAAGGUUACACGCAGUUUGGUGGUCUGCGCCCAUUCGGGGUGUCUUUUCUGUUUGCCGGGUGGGAUAAGAACUAUGGGUUCCAGCUUUACAUGAGUGACCCCAGCGGGAAUUAUGGCGGGUGGAAGGCUGCUGCUAUUGGAGCCAACAAUCAAGCCGCGCAAUCAAUGCUAAAACAGGAGUACAAGGAUGAGCUUACGAGGGAGGAGGCCGUUCAGCUCGUUCUCAAGGUGCUUAGCAAGACGAUGGAUAGCACAAGUCUUACGUCCGAGAAGGUUGAACUGGCCGAGGUAUUCCUGUCGAAUGGUAAAGUCGAGUAUCGGGUGCAUUCGCCCGAGUCCCUGAAUAAAUUGCUGGUGGGGCUUGGAAUGACACAACUUACGGUCGAGAGUUAAGGUGAUUUGGCUGGCUCUGUUUUGUUGAGUUUGGGAAUUAUUUUUGUAAGGAUCAGGUUAUAGAUAAAACUCUUGCAUUUCUGCAUUAGUUGGGUGUACACAUUUAUUGUGAAUUGUUACAUUCCUCAGAACUGUUGCAUAAGUUAAAUAUGGUGAAAGUGGAAUUUCCUGCCGACUUGAGAAAA